UCGAUCGAUUCGAUCAUCGAGGAACUCGCGCACAGUGCUGCCAGGAAUCGGAAAGAAGCUUCCAUUGGUGUUGGAACUUGGAAGAUUUCCUGGUGGUUGAGCGACCGGAGAAUCAAAUCAAAAUGGCAAGCAUCGGUUCUCCCGGAUGCCGCAUCUCGACAGUCGCGAUCUCCGCCCAAUUUUACCACGAACAGGGGCAAGGGUUUAAGCGGACUGCCUAAAAAAAUUUGUGUGGUUUAGAGGCGAUCUCACAUUCGCAUGUAAAGAGGCCCCGGAUUCUUCCCAGCCAUCGCUCGCAGCGCUUCCUCUCUUUCGCUCGAUCCAUGGCUGCCGCUGCCGCUGCCGCUCCAAUGGCCGUGCGCGCCAUGGAAUCCAUGGCCGCUUCUUCUUGCUGCUCGGAAUCUUACAGUGCCAGGGUUUCGCAUGGCCGCCGCGCUGGAUUCUGUGGCCUCCGCAAGGAGAUCGCGAGCCUCCGGGCUUCCGAUCCAUGGAUCCAGAGCUUGCAAGCGAGGAGGUCGAGAUCCGGGGCCAGGCGAUCCAUGGCUGCUCGCGCCUCGUCGUCCAAUGGAGGGCCGCAGCCUUUCGAUUACGAUGUGAUCAUCAUCGGGGCUGGCGUUGGCGGCCAUGGCGCUGCUCUUCACGCUGUAGAGCAAGGGCUCAAGACCGCCAUCAUCGAAGCAGACAUUGUUGGAGGGACUUGUGUGAAUCGAGGAUGCGUUCCUUCCAAAGCGCUCCUGGCCGUGAGUGGACGCAUGCGUGAGCUCCAGAACGAACACCACCUCAAAGCUCUUGGGAUUCAAGUUGCUGCGGCGGGCUAUGACAGACAAGCCGUCGCUGAUCACGCAAACAAUCUCGCUACCAGAAUCCGUGCAAACCUCACGAAUUCUAUGAAGGCUCUGGGAGUGGACAUCUUGACUGGUGUUGGCAGCGUUGUGGCACCUCAAAAAGUGAGGUAUGGCAAGAUCGGCUAUGUUGACAAAGUUAUCACAGCCAAAGAUAUCAUCAUCGCUACCGGAUCAGUUCCAUUUGUUCCACCGGGGAUUGAAAUAGAUGGCAAGACCGUUUUCACGAGCGACCACGCUUUGAAGCUCGAAUGGAUACCAGAUUGGAUUGCCAUUGUCGGAAGUGGCUACAUUGGCUUGGAAUUCAGUGACGUCUACACUGCCCUCGGAAGCGAGGUGACUUUUGUUGAAGCUCUGGAUCAACUGAUGCCAGGCUUUGAUCCUGAAAUCGGGAAGCUUGCUCAGAGGCUCCUGAUCAACCCUCGAAAAAUUGAUUUCCACACUGGCGUGCUCGCAAAGAAGAUAACUCCAGCUAAAGACGGGCGUCCAGUUUUAAUAGAACUUGUCGACACGAAGACGAAGGAGCCCAAGGAGACACUUGAGGUCGAUGCAGCAAUGAUCGCAACGGGCAGGGCACCAUUUACAAAAGGAUUAGGCCUUGAAAAUGUUAAUGUUGUAACUCAACGAGGAUUUGUUCCUGUCGACGAGCGAAUGCAAGUGCUAGAUGGGAGAGGCGAACUGGUACCUCAUUUGUACUGCAUCGGCGAUGCAAAUGGCAAACUGAUGCUUGCUCACGCUGCCAGUGCUCAGGGCAUUUCAGUUAUUGAGAGACUUGCUGGAAACGACAAUGUCCUAAACCAUUUAAGCAUACCAGCCGCUUGCUUCACACAUCCAGAGAUAAGCAUGACUGGGAUGACUGAGCCUCAAGCGAGGGAGAAGGGCAAAGAGCAAGGAUUCACGGUGAGCGUGGCGAAGACGAGUUUCAAGGCCAACACAAAGGCGCUGGCCGAGAACGAAGGCGAUGGAAUGGCCAAGCUUAUUUAUCGCCAAGAUACCGGGGAAAUCUUGGGAGUUCACAUAAUUGGCUUACACGCAGCUGAUCUCAUCCACGAGGCUUCCAACGCCAUGGCUUUGGGAACUAGAGUCCAGGAGAUCAAGCUUGCCGUCCACGCGCAUCCCACCCUCUCGGAAGUUUUGGACGAGUUAUUCAAGUCGGCCAAGGUUGGAGAGCAUGCAAAGAGGCCCGAGCCAGUGGCCGUCUAGUUUCAGAUCCAUCCAUCUCAAGAAAGUUAUCUAGAAAUUUUGUAGGAAGUUUAUACAAUAAUAUGUUGCAAAUCGGUUGCAAGCUUCCCCUCU